AUGAAGAAAGAAGAAUAAGACUUCUCACAUUUUACCUACUACGCUUCUCUCUGACCUCCAAAUUUGGGAGAUGUUUUCUUCGCCCCAAUACGAUCACUGACUCUUUCUCUCUUUACGUUCUCUGUAAUUUCACUGACCAGCUUUCUCUGAUUAUUGUGAUGUGCUAGAUCAAAUGCUGCUACUAUUUUGAUCUGACCAAUCUAUGUCUUCUAGUUAGUUCGUGCCAUGUACUUUGUCGUGUUCGCCAAUAUCAUCAUAUUCUGACCGAAGAAGAGGAAGGUGUAUGUUGCAUGCUUAUGGAUUGUUAAUUGUAAAUGUUUUUCAUGGCAUUUGAAACUUUUUGUGAAAGAGGCCUCCAACCCAACACUUCGAAUAUGGAGGAGGGUCAGUUAAACACCAAUUGGGAAGACGUAAUUUGUCCUAUAUGCUUAGAUUUUCCCCAUAAUAGUGUACUCCUCCAAUGCUCGUCUUAUGACAAAGGAUGUCGACCCUUCGUGUGUGACACAGACCAUUUGCACUCAAAUUGUCUGGACCGUUUUAAAAGUGCACAUGGGAUGUCUUCUGGGUCACAAUCACCUUCAACUUCUGCGGCGCCCCCCACAGGAAACAUCCACCAAAUGCUUCCAGAAGCUAAUGGCAAGCCAUCUUGUCCCUUGUGUAGAGGUGAAGUUACUGGAUGGAUCGUUGUUGGUAAGGCUCGUCUUCAUUUGGAUGUAAAGAGGCGUUGUUGUGAAGAGAAACGAUGUGCAUUUAUGGGCAACUACUUGGAACUUCAGAAACAUGCUCAACUAGAGCAUCCCCAUGCACACCCUUCAAAAAUUGAUCCUGCUCGGCAGCUUGACUGGGAGAAUUUCCAGCAAUCCUCUGAGAUCAUAGAUGUUUUGAGCACUAUCCAUUCAGAAAACCCUCGUGGAGUGGUUUUGGGAGACUAUGUGAUUGAAUAUGGGGAUGAUGACACUGGAGAUGAGUUUGAGGACUUCCCUGGUGAUGAAGGCAACUGGUGGACAUCUUGUAUCUUGUACCAGGUAUUUGAUAAUUUUAGGACUUCUAGGAACAGAAGAAGGUCAAGAGCUGGUGAUUCAAGAAGAGGAAGUCGCCAUCCGAAUUAUGAUACUUCCGUUUCUGACGACAGUUCUGUGACAUCUUUAGAAUUUGCAGAGUACAGAGUUGACGAGACUGACGAUGAGUAUGUGAAUAGACAUGGCCACUCGAGGGGGAGAGCUGGUCAUCGCAGUUCUCGAAGACGGCGCUCCCGCUUCCAUGACAAUUAGAUGAACAUGAAUACAAGUGGAGUGAAGCUGUGGAUAAGAAGAUGACUCGGAGAUGCUGAUCCAUUGAAAGUGGAAAGCAUAGGCCUUCUUGCUGCAGCUCAUGUUAGUGUCCAAAACAUGUAAAGCUACCACCAUCAGAUCUAUAUAUGCGAUGAUAAUUUUUUUUUCCCCUAUUUUUGGGGUAAAUUUUAGGUAGACUUUAUCUUUCAAGAUUACCAUAGCACCAUAUGGUGGUGGUUUUUUUUUUUUUGAGGUUUAAUGUGGCUAUUUUGUUAUUUAGAUUUCUAGCAUCAAGUAUAUAGAACUUUAAAGACAUGGGAAAAACUUCAUACCUUUGGAUGUCCUGUUCAUUUGAUAAAUAACUAACUAGUUUGUGUUUCCUAAAA